AUGGCCCUCUCUACUGUCUCGCGUUCUGCUCCUGAACUUGUUCCUGCCGAUAUCGCUGGUGCCAAAGCCGUCAGUCCUGUCGCUUCCGCCACCAUCCCACCAAAUGCUGCUGCAGGUGUUACGCUUCCAGGAUUGAACUUGCCCCUGAUCAGCUCCAUGGCUCCAGAAGAAGCUCAGCGUUACAGUCUCAACCUCUUGCACACCCUUGGGCCAGCCGCUUCUUUCACUUCAGCUCCACAAGCUUUUCCACCUCCUUCCCAUUCGUCUCAGUCUUUCCAGUCGAAAAUGUCGCCUUCGACACCUGCCACUGUGGUCAAACCCACCGAUGUCGCUUUGUCUCCCGCUCUAUCCGCUCCAGCUCCUGCAGUAGCUUCCAUUUCCGCUCCUCCUAGCAGCAGCAACAACAACAGCAACAACAACAACACAUCCGAAACAACCUCUACUCCUUCUUUGUCUGCUUCAUCUGCAGCCAAAAUGGCACCUGUAGUUGCCGGUGUGGGCACUUUGCCUCCCAACAUCACCCCUUCUGCCGCUGUCAGUGCACCCAGCUCAUCCGACACACUAGGCGCUAUACCCACCAACAAGAACAAUCCUGCUUUCCUCAACAAACUGCGCAGCAUGGUCGACGAUCCCAACACCGAUGAGCUCAUCCGUUGGUCUCCCGACGGUGCAUCCUUCUUUGUCCCCAACCAUGUCCGAUUCGGUGACGAUGUCCUUCCACGCUUCUUCAAGCACAAUCGUUUCUCCUCCUUUGUCAGGCAACUCAACAUGUACGGUUUCCACAAGGUGCCCCAUCUUCAGCAGGGUGCCCUCAAACACGACUCGCCCCAGGAGAGCGAAUUGUGGGAGUUCAGCAACCCGCAUUUCCACAGAGACCACCCGGAUUGGCUCUCGAAAGUGCAGCGCAAAAAGGGUCCUCGAGAUGAAAAGGAUGGCCAUGGAGAUCGCGAAGCUAGUGCCAGUACCGGCCAGGAGUUGAUGCAUGCAGGUGCUCUGAUGCGUACCGAUUUUGGCCCAGAUGGUAGUGGAGAGGCUGGUGCACUUCAGCUAGCUAGUGUCUUGAAUGCCAUCAAUGCCAUCAAAAAUGCCCAGACGAGCAUUAGCGCCGAUCUCCGUCAUUUGCAGGACUCGAAUCAGAAUCUUUGGCACGAGGCAGUCGAGUCGAGACAGCGUGCUAAACGACAACAAGAGACGAUCAACAAGAUCUUGCGUUUCCUUGCAGGUGUCUUUGGUAAUCAGCAAGAUGCAGAGACGCCCCUGCCGGGCAAGAAGGUUUCAGCAAAGGGACGUGGCGGUGGUAGACGCGUUGCCGUUCGUCCGGGACAGCAACGUAGUAAGAGUCGACUUAUGAUUGAGGAUGGCACUGAGUCUCGCUCUUGCUCUUCCGCUGCAACUGCUCGUGGUUUGCAAGACUUAGAAUUGCCUACCGAUGAGCAAGAGAUCGAAGAGAUGCCUUCGCAUCUUCGUUUUCAGGACGCUAGCUGUGCAGACUCUCCAAAAAGUCACAGUCCGACUUCAGGCAACAGCGGCGGUUCGAGAUUCACUCACAUUGCUUCUCCACCUAGCAGUUCCAGCAUGAACGAUUUUAGCAGACAGCUGUCCGAGACCGUUUCGAUGCCAGGUGGGUCCAGGAGGCUUUCCUCGCAGGCGAGUAACCAGGUGUUGAAUGCACUUGCUUCGGGAGAGGGUAAUGCUUGGUUGGCUAGUUUGUUUGGCGCUAGUCUUGCUAAUCAGGGUUCUAAAUCCACUGGGCCCGCUUCGGGUGGUGGAUUGAAGUUGGAUCCUCAGAUGGUAUCUGCUUUGCAGCAAGCAUUGGCUAGUGCGGGGAGUGGUGGUGCAGGUGGUGCGCUCAAUAUCGGCGACAAUGCGAAUGAUUACUUCAAUGGCAGCAGCAACACAAGCAACAGCAGCGGUAGUGGUGGAGGUGGAGAUGAUUUCUCAUCCAGGUUCUCUGCUUUCCCUUCCGGUAAUGGCAGCGCUUCUAACCAGCAACAAGGUUCGAAUUCCUCCAGUUCAGCUUCUGGUCAGGCUUUGGGUCUGGACGCAGAUGCACUUGCACGCAUUGCAGAUAUCUCUCAAGCGCUCGUUCAGUCUCCAUCUCGACAAAAUGCAAGCCUAGCCAACAGCAGCAGCGGCACUAACAACCACUACUCCCCAGUCAAAGGUUCCAACUCGGGCAGCUUGUUCGACAGCCACGACGAUAGCAAUAACAACAAUCAGCAGCUUGCCCUAUCUCUGUCUCGAGCUACCCGGGAUCUGCAGAAUACAUCCAACGACGUCGACCAGGUGCAAAACAGCAUCAACUCGCUUCUCGAAGGUCUCCAGACCAAUCCGAAUUUGUUGCACAACAUUGCUGCUCAGUCCUCGUCUGCACCAGUACCCUGGCAGAACACAGAUCCCAAUACGGCAUUUGGUGCUGGCAUGUUGGGCAACCAACCUAACUCUUCUUACAACGAUCCUAGCCACUCGACUCACUUGAGUGCGGGUGCAGGCGGUACAGGUGCGACCCCACCCUCAACCUCGGCUCCCGCCGCAACUGCAGGAAUGGACUCCGACUUUGACGUAGACCAGUUCCUCAGUCAAUUCGUCGAUUCCUCCCAGGCUCCAGGUGGUGGCGUUACAAGUCCUACUGCGGGCAACGCUUUUGGAGAAAGCCCUUCCUUCGCAUUCAGUCCAGCUACUACGGCUGCCUUCUUGCAUGGUGGAGUGACGGAUCCGAAUGAGCCAAGUGGGAUUUAUGCACACGAGAUUGCCUCUAGUUCGGGCACUAGUUCGAGUAGUACCACUCCUCCGAGUAGCGCAGUCGGAGUGCGGCCGGUGGGUGGGAAGAAGCGAAAACCUUCGCAGAGUGGUGGAGCGAAUGGAAUGGUAGAUGUGGAAAUCGGGGUGCGGCCAAGUAAGAAGAGUGCUGCGAGGAACAAGUAG